AUGGACCAAAUACACCUCCUCGCCCACCUCGGCACCACACUAGUCCAAAACACCACUAAAUACCUGUCCACGCUCCCGCAUCCAAUCGAAUGUCUCGAGGAGCUCGUUGCCGUCGUAGCAGUGACCUCCAACUUGCUCGCAUCGCUGAAUUCCACACUUCUGAGGUUCCCGAGCCUCACAGGAGUGUUGAGCCCGAAAUAUUCUUUCAUCGGCCCGCUGUGCGAGGACAUAAGAAAGGCGUUUCGCGAGCUGGAAGAGCGGGUUCUCGAGGCGAAGGGUUUGAGGAUCUUUGAGCCUAAUGAUGUGGGUCUUGUGAGAUUACCAAGGAAUGCGUGGGUGCUCGUUAUGCGGGGCGAGCAGAGAGCAGCGAGUCUGAGGAGUAGGCUUUAUGUGGAGAAGUAUAGAGUUAGAGUGCUUAUUGAGGCGGUUUGUUGGGUGGGGUUGAAUGGCAAAGGGGGCUUGAGCGAGCAGGAAACGGGGGAGUUGAGGGCGUUGAAGGGGAUGUUGCCGCUUGUUGCGGAGAGACUGGUGGGUGUACAGAGGGAUUAUGUACCGAGAUUGAAGGCGCUCAUGGGUGGAGAUGAGAAGGAGGCUGUUAGUGUUGAGGUUAAGAGGGAAGAGAAGCCUGCUGCGCCUCUCGUCCCUGUAGAAGAGAAAAAGGAGAUGGUGAAGGCAUUCAAAACUCCCGAGCCAUCUCUCCUGAAGAUGCCCAUGAGCAGGAAACUCAGCAUGCACUCCUGCGCAAGCACUGACUCACUGGCCUCUACUUCCUCUUCCUCCUCAAGUGCAACAGCAUUCGACGACUCCAUCCAAGAGGUCUGGCUCCUGCGCCGCAACGAAGCAAAGCGUAAGCUCAAGCGCAGCAUCGCCUUCCUCGGCAUAAAAUGGUACACCUCGCACUCCUACGAGCCGGAAAGCUUCUACAUGAAAGCCCUUCCCUCCUGUCCUUCUGAAAUCAAGACUCUCCGGCAAGAAUGCCGCGGUGCCUCUACCGACAUGCAGCACCAAUCGCAGCUUAGGAAGACGAUUCUGAAAAUGCCAGAUGAGGCGCAGUGGGAGCUUCAGAAAUUGAUCGAGGGUAGAGAGAAAGCGAGUAGUAACGAGAAUAUUAAGAGGGAGUGGGAAGUUGUAGCAUUUAUGGAGAGGCCGAGGAGAAAGAUUAGUCCUGAGCAAGGUAAGCGGUGGAUAGGAGGAAAGAAGGGUCCGGUGGAGUGGGUGGUUGUUGCUAGGGGGGAGACGGUGGAUCACAAGACCAGGGUGUUGCCUAGUAAGCAUGAGGAUCCGUGGAGUCCGAAGCCAAAGCUGCAGGCUGUUCCUGCCAGAGUUGCGGCUCCGGCCCUAGCGGUGGCGAUGUCCGCUGCUGCUGCUGCUGCACAGGCACAAACUCAGACUCAGGCGAGAGCUCAGGUACCGGCUGGCACGGUGCUGAGACAUGUUGAGAACAGGAGAGCCCUGACUGCCGAGGAGGCGGAGAAGAAGAUGGAUGAGAUUGUGCAGGAUCUCUUUCGGUGUGAGGCGGAUGGGCGGAGAUGUGAUGUGGUGCAGAGCUGGGGUGGAGACACCCACAUACGUUCAAGUUGA